AUGCGGCAUCUGGAUACUAACGGCGAGCUUUGCUAUCUACAGAGCGGGCCUAUCGUUUGCCCUGAGUUCGACUUCACUGCCCCGCAGCGUGACCCCGGUGCCGCCCAUCCUAACGUUGACAAAAUCUUUGAUCUUCAAGAUUGGUCUGUGGUCGGCGGAGAAUGGUUCACUUCAGUAAUAGACCACGAAUACCGGCCACACCCGAUAUCCCAAGUCCCGUUCUUGGCCAUCGAGUUGCCCUCACCCCCCGUAUGGCCGCCUGUUGACAAAGAACUAGAGGGUAAUCAGGAAACCGACGAUUUACGUCUUUCAACUGAUCUGACCACCUGGCCCUUGCGCAUUGGCAAUCCUACACUCGCCGGCAACGCAGCGAAGCCGAAAGGUACCCCGUCGGCUUCAGAGUUUCCAGGAACUUCGUCUGGUUGCCUGAGCAGUGUCCCCACCACCAAUGUCUACGGCAACGUUCAUUGUACUCCGCUGUCUGAGGUGCGCGAGGUCGGCGGAGGCCACGUCGACGGACGAUACGACAACUUUGGGCAUGGUGCGGAUAGGUCAUAA